AAACCCGUCACACCUACUCCUCAUCCUGAAUCCCUCGCCAACUUAUACAAUGACCCCACAAACUCGAUCAUCACCUCGCACACGGCAUUAUCGAUUGUACCGAGAGCUAACUGGAGGUUAUUCGUUCAAUGCCACAUUGAUGCCCAGUUCCCAUCGUUAUCCACAUUAUCCCACCUUCUAUUCAUCUACAGCAUAUCGUCACACGAUACUUCCUCGGAAUACCACAGCUUGGAGUUCCCACCUCUGGGAUCAAUCGGAAUUGGCGAUUGUAAAGGAGAAAAUUUGCAGCUGAUUAUAAACACGUGCAAAUUGAUAUAUCUCUAUUCCUCCCUGGCGUCGUCUUCUGCGUUGAGUUCGUUGAUUUAUUGCAGUGAUGGGUAUACCGAGUGUUCACUUCUCGUUCUAAGUUACUUGAUGUAUGUGGAGGAUGUUCCUUUGGAAGAUGCGAUUCUCACUCUCCACUUGAAAUACGGCCGGCCAUUUUACAUCUUCAACAGUGACGUAAUAAUUCUCCGUAAGCUCCAACCAUUGUUGAGGAAAUUCAGUCCCAAGAGAAGAACAACAAUCGACUGGGGGAAACUCGAUACAUUAACCAACCAAGACUUGAAUGAGAUUCUCUUGGGUCCGGUAAGGACAGUUCCCAAAUUAGGCCACAUCCACAACUCCGACGACGAGUCUGACGAGGAGGACGAAAUUGAAAUCGAUUGGGUCAAGGAAGUCGAGGGGUCUCUUCCCUCCAAGAUCCUCCCUUAUCUAUACCUCGGCUCGCUUAAGCAUGCCCUGUGUUUGCCCUUGCUUAGCAAACUAGAAAUCACCCAUAUCAUAUCAGUAGGCGAAACCCUCCCCUGGCUUAAUGGAUACAAGUUUUUGCACAACAAUGAAAUAACACAUACGAAGCUAGCCCAUAACAUGGAAGUAUCGGAAAUUCUCCCUAAACACGGGCAUGGGAGACACACUACUGUCAAGUCGGUCAUGAAGGUAAACAAUUUAGAAGAUGAUGGAAUAGACGAAUUGGCACGACAACUCCCACACAUCCUCCACUUUAUUGAAAACCACUACCAGCAUGGGAAGAUCCUUGUUCAUUGCCGUGUUGGUGUCAGUCGAAGUGCCACUGUCGUCAUUGCGGAAAUCAUGAAACGAUUAAACGUGUCGUUGCCCUACGCAUACUUGUUCACCCGGGUCAGACGAUUAAACAUUAUAAUUCAACCAAAUUUGCGAUUCAUGUAUGAAUUGUUCAAGUGGGAGGAGAAGGUUAAGCUCAAACAAAAGGAAAAUGGAAAUUUUCUAGAUGGUACGGUGAUGUUACGAGAAAUCGAUUGGUUUAUCAUGUGUCGCGAAAUCAUGAAGUUGAAUAUUCCCUAUUUAAAUAAUUAG